AUGGAAAACAUCACUGUCUCUUUUUACUUUAACCUAACCAUGUUCAUGAACAUUGGACAUUACCUUUAUCCAGCCUUUGUCUUUUGCCUCCUGCUCUACAGCUUUAUUGUGUCUGCUAAUCUUGCCAUGAUAAUUAUAAUAUUACGGGAGAAAACACUACAUGAGCCCUUGUACAUUUUCACUGCAUUUUUAUCUGUCAAUGCUCUGUAUGGUUCCACUGGUUUCUUCCCCAGAUUCCUCAUGGACCUUCUGUCUGAUACUCAUUUCAUCUCUCGUCCUGCUUGUUUUACUCAGAUUUAUGUUAUUUACACAUAUGUUUUUUACGAACUGACCAUUCUGAGCAUUAUGGCAUAUGAUAGAUAUGUUGCUGUUUGUCAUCCUUUACAUUAUCACAGAAAGAUGAACUCUAAAACUGUCUACACUUUGACAUUUUUUGCUUGGGUCUGUCCAACCUGUUACCUUACAGUGUGCAUUAUUAUGGUUGUCAGGCUUCCUCUAUGUGGUAACAAUAUACAGAAGGUAUACUGUGCCAGCUGGAAUAUUGUAAAAUUAUCAUGUGUUACCAAUGCUCUUUACCUUAUUGUUAUUUCUGUGGCGACCACAAUUCUAGCCUCUUUUUUUUGUGGUUUUAUCUUGUAUACUCAUCUGAGAAUUGUGAUUGCUUGUUGGAAGUCAUCAGAGGUCAGAGGAAAAGUAUUACAGAGCUGUCUUCCACAUGUUAUUUCAUUUCUGAUCUAUCUCUUCACAUCAUUAAGUGAUGCUGCUCUGAGUCGACAAAAUCUUAAAAAGAUUAAUCCAUUUGUGGUUAUAAUUGUGUCACUAGAAUUUGUUAUUAUUCCUCCAGUUGUAAAUCCUCUUGUUUAUGGCCUUAAAUUACCAGAACUUAGAAAACACAUCUUCAAGAUAUUAUGCUUAAAACCUCAAACAAAAAAGAUUUCCUGUACAUUACCAGAGUCUACUCUGAUCAUGUGA